AUGAACCGACUAGCUGGUAUUGAUAUGAAGACUAGCAAUAGUAAUUAUCGUUAUUUCCUUCCCUGGGUAGAUUAUGAUCAAGCACAGAUGGCUGUUAGCCCAACUCAGUCUGAAUCUGACACUUACCCCAAGGACCCAGUCAAACUACCUCAAAGUCAGAACAAUGUUAACAAUUCCUCUAGUGGCUACAAGUAUCCUUUUGGGUAUCACAAAGCUGCUCACUACCACCAUCCUGGUCCCCAGACCAACUCUCAAUAUGUCUCCACAGCUUCUUAUCUAAGUUCCCCAAGCAUCUCUACAAGAACCUAUUCCCCACCUAGUUGGGGUUCAGCCUCAGACCAACAGCCCUCUAGGGUAUUCCACGAACAGCUCAGGGCUGCUCUGAAAUUUGUGGUUAGCCCUGGUGACCCUCGUGAAUACUUGAAUAAUUUUAUGAAAAUAGGAGAAAGGUCAACUGAAAUAGUUUACCAUUCUAUUGAGACACCCACAGGAAAACAAAUCACGAUAAAGAAAAUGGACCUCAGAAGCCAGCAGCAAAGGUUUAUGCUUUUUAAUGAGGCUGUGACAAUGAAGGAUUAUCAUAGUGACAAUGUAACUGACAUGUACAAUAGUUACCUUGGUGAUGAACUCUGGGUUGUCAUGGAGUUCCUAGAAGGUAGGGCUGUGACUGAGAGAGUAGCUCACAUGAGAAUGAAUGAAGAACAAACAGCCAUAGUGUGUUUAUCAGUCCUGAGGGCCCUUUCUUAUCUACACAAUCAAGGCAUUAUUCACAAAGACAUCAAGAGUGAUUCCAUCCUUCUGACCAGUGAUGACCAACUAAAGUUAUCUGACUUUGGUUUCUGUGCCCAAGUUUCCAAAGAAGUCCCAAAGAGGACAUCACUGAUUAGCACUCCCUACUGGAUGGCACCAGAGGUCAUAUCUAGACUACCUUAUGGAAAAUUAGAUAUCUGGUCACUUGGAAUUAUGGUCAUAGAAAUGACAGAUGGAGAACUUUCUUAUUUCAAUGAACCUCCACGCCAGGCAAUGCACAGGAUACCUGAUAACUUACCUCUGAGAGUGAAGGACCUACACAAGGUUUUGUCAGUGCUUCAGGAUUUCCUACAUUUGAUGUUGGUAAGAGAACCCUCCCAGAGAGCAUCAGCAGAAAAACCCAUCGAACAUCCAUUCUUGAAACUGGCAGGUGCACCUGCCAGUGCUACUCAUGAGAGUAGCCAUACCCACUGCUAAAUUUUGGGCCCCAUGGUUAGAGAUCCGAAGGAGGAUUUCUCCCAAGUGAUUUGGGAGAGAGCAUGAAAACCAUGCGGAAGUACACACAGCCACAGGAGUUUGCUCCAAGAGGAAGACUACCCUUCAUUGCUAUUUUUGGAACAAAAAGAUAAAAAACACUGGUUUUUUUCUGAAUUGCAGCAGUGUAACAUAUUUUGCCAUGAAUUUAUAAUUGUCUGUAUUACAUUUUGGAUAAUUGAUUUGAUGUCAAGUAGCCAUUGUAUUAAGUGAAGUAUUAUGUGUAACUUAGCAGGAGUUUGAACACAGUCUUUCCUAUGUUUUUAUCCCUCUCAGAGAAUAGAGAGUUCUUUAGAAUCUUAGAAUUCUGAGGGGAAAAAUAUCACCUUCUGCUUUAGUAGAGUAUCCUUAUUUUUGUAAGUGUUGUAUGUCAAAGAGAAAGGUGGGUGGAAGUGAGUAUAAUAGCACACAUUUUAUGUUUUUCCAAUGGGAAAAAAUGGAAACCUAUCAUCCCAGUAAAAGCUACUUCUUGGGAGCCAGUCCUUUAUUUGAGGACAUCAUGUUCAUUCUUCCAGGAUAUGAGGAGUGACUCUCCUCUACACACCCUGCCCCAGCAAUAAGGCAGAUCCCUCCGUUCAGUCUGUGUCGACCUUGUACCACAGUAUUAAUCUCUAUAUCUCUGUUGUUUAUAUGGAUGGAAGUCUGAAAUGAUUCUUCACAUGAUAGAAGUCCAAAAUGACUCUUAAGUGUCAACUUACCACAGGGGGCAUUUUCCCAAUUACAAUCUGACUUUUCCUGUUUUCAAGUUAUAAUGUGUUUCUGACAUAGAAGAGUUGUGUUGCUGUCUAGAUCUUCUUGAAUGUUGAUAAUUGAAUGACUGCUACAGUAAAUUUUGUGUUGCCUGCUGGAUACAUUGCGUGUUAACUGUAGGCCUUUGUAGGGUGUGCCUUUAAACUUUGGAAGUUUUGUAUCAUCAUUAUUAGUUCCUUUGAAUUAUAUAUCAGACAGAAGCCAUUCUUUUCCAAAUAGAACAACCAGAAGCUUUCUUAAUUACUUCAAGUACCACUGCAAAUAUGAAUUUAGAUUUCCAAAAAAAACCAAAAACAAACUAUCUCUGGUUUCUGUAGGUAU